AUGAUCUACAGCGGCAUGCCCCUGAUUGUUGAUUUACUGGAUAACAAGGAAUUGUUGGAAACUUGUAUUGACAAUACUACUGAUUUUCCUCCUGCCGGAGGGUCAGCUGAAGCUUUGGAAGAAACGGGUCUUGGCUUCACUUCUCUUGGCACAAAGGAACAACCCUAUGACAAGGCGGAUCCUGUUGGUGAAGAUGCAUUGUUGAAACUCAAGCGGCUGGAAGCAGAACUCAACCCUUUGCUGGUUUCCCAGUCCAACAUAAACAUCAACAAACAGCAGGAGGUGGUGAAGCUGACGGAGAAAUGUCUCAACAAUGCCAUUGAGAGCCCAGUGAGUGCCUCUGUACGGCUGCCUCCAGACAUCAAGAGCAACAUUCUGAAGGCCCAGGCCGAGGCAGUGAACAAGGUCAUGAGGGAGGACAGCAUGUCUGGCAAUAAGAACACCAACCUUCAAGAUGUUGCUGGCAGGAGCAUUCUUCUGUCUGGAAAAGUUCAGAACAGCCCUCUGAGAGCCCAGAGCCCCGUGUUCCAGGAGUCGAGAGAGAGGCUGAAAGCGAUUCCUAUCUCCAAUGUCUUCAUUCCGAAUGAAUUAAAUGAGGAUAAUGCUGCCUCUAGCCCUGAGGAUUCUUUGAGUCCUCCUAAUCUGGCUCCCACAGAGGCAGCUGCUAUUGUAAAGAACUCUCCAGAGGACUUGGAGAUUUUGUUAACAUCACAGGCAGAGAAUCUAAUUGACUUUACAGAAGCCAUGCCUCGGGUGUCUUCACCACCAACAGUUUUGCCCAGGUGGUUGGUGCCAAGUGGACUGGUUUCCAAUGGGCCUUUAGGGAAUGAUGUUGCCUUAGCUCUUAAGGCAGUGAAAGGCAGCACUGAGGCACUGACCAUCUCUGCUGGCUCCCCACCUCCACUUUACUCACCCGAAAUCAUGCCCAGUCCUGCUGCAGAAGAUGUUACAACAAGGCCGAAAUGUUUACUUACCACUGAACUCUGAGCUUUGACAAAGUCUGAUCUUCCUAGCAGCUGCAACGUGCUCCUGGAAUGGACUUAACCUGGAAUUGACCCAUGCUCAGACCAUGGUUAAAACAAAAUGCCGGCAGUUUUACUGUGGAUUCAUGCAACUGGAAAUCUUGUGUGAAGAGCUGCUGGGAAGCCUGAGCACCUUUUGUAAAGUACACUGGAACACAUUCUGACAUGUAAUGAAAUCUGCAAGGUUUCCAUCCAUAGCAGUGCUUUUGUCUAUAAAGCUCCUUGCUGCUUUAGGGGUGUAAAUAAAGUCAUCACUGUGAUGAACGAGUUAGUAUUGGGGAGGAUAGGAACUUCUAAGGCCACCUGCUGGUUGUUGCUAUAAAAAGCAAGUAGUGCUAAUGGUGUUUUUAUAGAGCAAGCUCUUCUUUCUUAACAUCUCCUUUGACUCCUCUUUUGUACUGAUAUCUGUCAAAUGUUCUUGGCCUUAAUCCACUUUCUAGACUUUGCACUUUUGCUCACCAUGUAUGAAAGAAACUAAAUAUGCAGCACCUCGAUAGGUUACCCAGCUGGCAGGUUCUGCUCUCUCUAGUCAAAGAGGCAAAGCAAUUUUCUACCAAACACUUUUAGGCUACUAUAGUGUGUGAGUGUAACUGUUCCACAUUUUGUCCCAUUCUCUAUAACACGUGUCUAAAAUACUGCUAGUGCAUAAACUUCUGCUGCAGAAGAGCUUCCGAAUGGAAAGGCAUGUUCCCUUGCGGCUUUUCACUGGCUUCUGUUUGGAAAGUUCCUUCCAACAAAACUGAAAAUUGUUUUAAGGUAUGUUCUGUGAACUUGUCAAUAGCUGAUAUCUGUACAGACCAAUUAGAAUUACUGCCUUUUUCCUAUGUUCCACUACAAUUUUUUUUCUUCAAAUGUCAUUGCAAAUGGCAAGUUUUACAUCUUGAUUUUCGAGUCUUGUUCAGACACAUACCAGUAGUUCACCUAUCUUCUUCAAAUUAGACCAGUGACUAGACAUUUAGUGAAAGAGUCUCCUUCAGUAUAUUGAAGUGCUAAUAGUUUUGGACCAGUGGGGAAAUCUUUUUCUACUACAAACUCAGGGAAAUUGCUGUUCAUUGGUGGAACAACGUGAAUCCCAAGUUUAACUCAUGCUUAGCAUUUUUUUGUUUGUGGACCAAUUUCUCCAUGGGCAUUGAGAGUGAACAAUAAAACUUGGUAGGACAGAGUUACUGGUUAGGACACGAUUCUAUUGUCAUAACUAUCCUUUUGGUUUUCAAAAAAGACAGAAAAAAUGUAGAAAUGUGAUCAUCUUUAUCUUUCAAAAAUGGCUCUCAACUCGCUGACCAGUUGGAAGGAUAGGUUAAAAGAAUUGGAGCAAGUUCUCUUAAACUUGAUUUAUUUAGCAUUGUAUCUGUUUCAAGAAGCCAUUUUAUGGUGCAAGAAACCUUCCUUGUUUUGGGGGGGUGGGGGUGGGUUGACAUAGUCAUAGGCUAAUGAACCAAUUCACUAUGAACAGUUUGAUCACCCUUGCCUUCCCUUCGCCCAUUCCUUACUUGGUAAUUGCUGCUUUUGAAUUAAGAGCAGUUGCAAUGCUUUUUAUGAGUAGCAUUGUGAGGAGCAAGUUUCAUUUUUAAAGUAGGCUCUGAGUGUAGAGCUGAACACUUCACCUUUACCAGUAGCUGAACUCCUAUGUGGAAGAUGCAUCAGAUUAGCAUUUGUCUUUGAGAUAUCCCUCAUUACUAUCAGCAAACUGGAGAGGAAACUGCUUAAACCAUUUCAAACGAUCUGGAGGUAAAAUCCAAACCACCUCAUGAGUUUUAUCAGUCAUUUUAACAGAAGAGUGUAUUUUAGAUGCUACAGUAAUUAUUUUUAAUAUACCCCCGAUUACAAGAGAGUGGAAGUAGAAGAAAGGUUAAUCAACGGUUUGCUAUCUAGAAUGUUAAUGAACCUUCCUUGAGUUUCCUAGAUUGCAGGUAUAGCUAGUUUCUAAAAUGUUGCAUGCUAGGGUUGUUAGAGAAUGACUACUUAACAAAAAAGAUGGUCUUUGUGAUUUAGAGUCCUAUGCAAGCCAA